AAAAUAUCAUUGCACUGGUUCGCCGAAACUCCGGGUAUUUCUCAAUGUUACGAUGCACAAGGACGAAGUGUGGGUAAAGUAGUGGCUGACAAGACCGGUAAUACGGUUAUAUACAAUGACAAAGAUGUACCAAUCGCAACGGGUACAGUGCAAAAACUGGGUGAUCGCUCAUAUCAGGCAGUGAUAAGUAAGAAUUUGUUCAUCGCAAAACUGAAAGACGCACGGACGUCGGCAUGUUGUCGAGAGGUCAACGGACAACCAUGCAUUGAGCCAAUUAAAGUCGCCAAUCCAUCCUUCCACCACUCAUCGGAACGUGAAGGCGAUGGCACGCUGAAGUUGACUUGGCCGGAUUGUUUCGAUAUGUCCAUUGAUGUCACUUUACCACCAAGUUCGUUGUCAUUCUUUGCUCGGAUAUCGUCAUUACUUUCUGUCUCGGAUUUGGCCAGUGCCAUAAUGGUAAUGAUACUGAUAAUCAGUAUUUGUUUUCAAGAGGUGCACAUAAACCGACUCGCAAUGAAACUUGAUGUUAUGGUGCAACCGAUCGGCAAAUUACGUUGCAUGGAUGUGGCAACCUGCGGCCGAGAAUGCUUUUACUGUGACUGGUGCAAGAACACAAGGAAGCUGAAAUUGUUGGAGAACACGGACGGAAACCUAUGUCGUGCCACUGAUGAGCGCACCUAUCGUUUGACUGUAAAACUUUGCCCACCACCCGAGGAUCCAAAUUUCACGAUGUGUUCGGCGUUCUCGAAAUCAGUAUGGCAAAAAGACUAUUGGCAGAAACAAGGCGCCAUUGACAUCUGGAUGAAAUUCUACGAGAGAGGCGACACACGUGCUGAGGUAUUCACUAAAUCGCAUAAUCAAGGCUCGUACACUCCAACCAAUUCAGAGCUGUUGGAAUAUUGGGUUUCCAAACGGAAUCCGGAUCGUCUGUUGGCCUGUGAACACUCAGUGGUAGACUAUGAAAUUGAAGGUGCUAAAGUGAAAACAAAUCUUCUUUUCGAAGCAGCCACCACAGCGAAUUCGUUGCCAAACAUCUUCAAAGACAAGAAAUGUGCUGCAUUCGAACGGCUUCAAGAGAAUCGAUUCCAAGCUGAGGCAAAAGAAUACAGACGUAAAAAUGGUGCUUCGAGUAUAUUCGGUGGUUUCGGUAACUUCUUCCCUUGGGAGAAUAAACAGGGCGCAACUCGACAAUAA